AAUUCCACUAUGAAUAUCUUAUUAUAUAAAUAUGGGGAUUCAGGCUUUCUGAUACUGCAUGCAUUCCACAACAAAAACCUAGUUCAACUUCAGUCUCUUUCUAGUAACUUGCUCUCUAUAGUGUUCUUAUUACAGGUUUUCACUUGAACAUCACUUCAUCACUGCCCACUUGCUUGUUUCUUGAUUCUUUCUGUUUUUCUUUUUUCAACUUCCGAUAUCUUUGGGCGAAUUCUUUAUCCGAUAUAUAUAUAGAUUGACAUUUGAUAGAGACAAAGGGAAGUUGAACUGGAAUUGUUAGGGAAAAAGGAAGUGUAAUUAGGAUCAGGAUUAUACAUUCUUUAAGCUGUAACUUAUGCUAAAAAUGGGGUUAUCUGGUCUGCCUUUAUUUGUAUUCGGUUUUUCUUUGAUGUUCUUGAUUAUUUGCAAUGUUGAAGCUCGGUGGCAUCAUCAUUAUCAUCAUCAUCAUACAAAGCAUAAGCACAGCCACUACCAUUCUCAUAAAAUUUCCACUAUUUCAGCUCCACCUGAGAGUUCUGAUCCUCCAUUUUCUCCACCUGACAGUUCUGAUCCUCCAUAUUCUCCACCUGAUAUUGCUGAUUCUCCCUUCUUUCCUCCUGAGCCUGCUGAUUCUCCAUACUUUCCACCUGAGCCUGCUGAUCCACCAUCUUCUCCGCCUCAUGCAGCUGCUAAUCCUCCAUCUUCUCCGCCUCAUGCUGCUGCUAAUCCUCCAUCUUCUCUGCCUGAUGUACCUGCUAAUCCUCCAUCUUCUCCGCCUUAUGUACCUGCUAAUCCUCCAUCUUCUCCGCCUGAUGUGCCUACCAAUCCUCCACCUUCUCCGCCAGAGACUUCUAAUCUUCCUCCAGCUCCAGCUCCAUCACCUGAGCCUGGUAGUUCUUUUGAAGAUGAUGAGGAUUCUGGAACACUAAAUGUGCGGAGAUUUGGAGCUGUUGGUGAUGGGAAAACAGAUGAUACAGAUGCAUUCAAGAUGGCAUGGGAAACAGCCUGCAAUCAGAAUGAUACUACUGUCAUUCUUGUUCCUCGCCGCUUCAAAUUCAUGAUCCAAUCUACCAUUUUCACAGGUCCUUGUCAAGCUGGUAUAGUGUUUCAGCUUGAUGGGACUAUCAUGCCUCCUGACGGACCAGAGUCUUGGCCGCAAAAGAACAGUAAGCGACAAUGGCUCGUCUUUUACAGAAUCAAUCAACUGUCAAUGGUAGGUGGGGGUACCAUAGAUGGAAGAGGAAACAAAUGGUGGGAUCUUCCUUGCAAACCCCACAAGGGCAUCAAUGGAACCACAUUGCCUGGACCAUGUGACAGUCCAAUCGCAAUACGAUUCUUUAUGAGCUCGAAUUUAACUGUGAAAGGACUUAGAAUCAAAGAUAGCCCACAAUUCAACUUCAGAUUUGACAAUUGCAUCAAUGUUCAUAUAAACUCCAUUCACAUCACUGCUCCUGCUCUUAGUCCUAACACCGAUGGAAUUCACAUUGAGAACACCAACAAUGUCCAAAUUUAUGAUUCAGUCAUCUCCAACGGUGAUGAUUGUGUAUCGAUCGGGUCGGGCUGUUAUGAUGUGGACAUAAGGAACAUCACUUGCGGACCAAGUCAUGGAAUCAGCAUUGGAAGUCUAGGAAACCGCAAUUCGCGAGCCUGCGUAUCGAACAUAACAGUUCGAGACUCGGUGAUCAAAGUUUCAGAUAACGGAGUAAGAAUCAAGACAUGGCAAGGCGGAUCAGGAGCAGUAACAGGAAUUACAUUCAGCAAUAUCCACAUGGACAAUGUCAAAAAUCCAAUAAUCAUCGACCAAUUUUACUGCUCGACAAAAGAAUGCAGUAACCAAACAUCAGCCGUUUAUGUAUCCGACAUUUUGUACGAAAAUAUAAAAGGAACGUACAAUAUUCGAAGCCCGCCGAUGCAUUUCGGGUGCAGUGAUUCAGUUCCUUGCACCAAUUUGACACUUUCUGAUGUUGAGCUUCUUCCUGCUCAAGGAAAUUUAGUAUUGGACCCAUUUUGUUGGAAUGCUUAUGGAGAUUUGGAGACACUCACAAUUCCACCAGUUUCUUGCUUGAUGGAGGGUACUCCUGAUUCUCUAUUAAAUAAUGCUAUAGAUUUAUGUUGAUUAUUUUAUCUUAAUUAAACUAUAAUGUAAAGUGAGUUUUUAGUAUGUAGGUACAUAAUUGAAAGAUAAUUCAUGUAAUACUAUAUGGUGAGUCCAAUUAUGUAAUGAUUGUGGAAUGGUAUAUUUUAGUCACCUAUUCCUAUUAUGAAUAAACUGUCUAGGUUUGUCCA